AUGUCAGCCUCUACAAAACAGAGGAGAAAGAACUCGAAAACAGAUAAGGCUGCUCCCGGUUCAUCCAGAAGCAGUGUACAGGUGCCUGCUAGUGGUGGGAGUCCCCAAGACCACCAGCCAUGGACCCCCUCAGCAUACACAGCCUUCAAGAUUGUCCUGUCAGCACGACUGUGUGCAGCAGUGUGGAAUAUUGUAGGUGACUGCGAUGAAACCUUCAACUACUGGGAACCUGUACAUUUCCUGAUCUAUGGGUCUGGGUUUCAGACCUGGGAGUACUCCCCUAUGUAUGCCAUCAGGUCCUAUGCCUAUUUGUGGAUCCAUGCCCUUCCCAUAAAAAUGUACAACAGCCUUUUCCAAGCUAACAAGAUCCUCUUGUUUUAUCUACUUAGAUGUUUACUGGCACUGUGCUGUGCUGGAUGUGAAAUCUAUUUCUACAGGGGAGUGUCUAAACACUUUGGAGCAAACACUGGGCGGAUCGUUCUCUUCCUGCUUUUGCUCAGUACGGGGAUGUUCAUUUCUAGUUCGGCCUUUCUCCCAAGCAGUUUCUGUAUGUACCUGACAUUUGUGUCGAUGGGAGGAUGGUUCCUGCGGCAGUACAGUGUGGCCAUCUUGGGGACAGCAGCCAGCGCCAUUUUAGGCUGGCCAUUUGCUGGAAUUCUAGGGCUUCCUAUUGCCAUAGACUUACUACUAAGGAAACACAAGCUGAAAGAAUUCCUGAUGUGGAGCCUUGUUUCCCUGGCCAUAUUUUUACUACCAAUGAUGAAGAUUGACUACGAGUAUUACCAGAAGUUAGUGAUAGCACCACUGAAUAUUGUGAUGUAUAAUGUGUUUACCAGUCACGGACCAGACCUGUAUGGAGUAGAACCAUUUUCAUACUACUUACUGAAUGGAUUCCUCAAUUUUAACAUUGUGUUUGUGUUGGCAUUAUCAUGUCUACCAAUAACAGCAUUAGUAAAAAGUGUACUGAAAUUAAAGAAUGAGGAGCGAUUUCUGUUUCCAAUCUACCCUUUCUUUAUUCUGUGUGGAUCUCUAAGCAUCGACUACAUACAGAAACUUUGGUGUUACUUAUUUACAAGCCAGUCCUCUAGACAUUACACAGAACAUACUAACUGGAUAUCUCAGGUGACAGCUAUCACCUUCUCUCUUGUGUCCCUAUCGAGGAUAUUAGCUAUUUACCAAGGUUACCAUGCCCCACUGGACCUGUAUGUUGGACUUAACAAGAUCGCUGGUGAUCCUAAGAUCCACACCUUAUCUACCGAUAAAUCUGUCAAUAUUUGUGUGGGCAAGGAGUGGUAUCGCUUUCCAAGCAGCUUCUUCCUUCCUGGAGAAAACUGGAGUCUGAAGUUUGUAGAGUCUGAUUUUAAAGGUCAAUUGCCCCAGCCUUUCCAGUCCGGUUCUGAUGCUACCAGUGUCAUCCCUAGUCAUAUGAAUGACAUGAAUAAAGAAGAGAAAUCCAGAUAUGGUUAUCAUACAGCAUUGAUGGGCAUUUCUACAGGGUUAUCAUACAGCAUUGAUGGGCAUUUCUACAGGGCAUUUCUACAGGAUGAUGGAUCACAUCGUUUUUUUCGCGCUUUCUACAUCCCUUUCAUCUCUAGUAAAUACUGUACAUAUGCCAACUACAAUAUUUUAAAAACCACACGAACAAGACGAGGUUCCCGACAGAAGAUUGACGUUUCCUGAUGUUCCUCGCAGUCUAUAUUAAUUUUGUGUGUGUUUGAAGGGUAAAUGCUGUACUAUAUACAUACCAUGUUGAGAAUCAGGACUUCAAAUUCCAUGUCUUCAGUAUCCAAAUAUAAUACAUAGAUCA